AUUUGCGCGGUACGUUUUACACCAUCUGUCAAAAUCGAUGUAAACAAGCGCUGAGAUGGGUGUCCAUGUAUUACGGCUUAUUGUAUUCUGUGUAGCGAUAUAUGCUGGGAUUAUUACGGCUGUGGAAUUCAAUGCGUUUGAAGAACGAUGCGGUUUUGACGGAAUACAGUGUUUAGGGAUUCCACGAGGAUGUAUUCAGCCAAAUGGUACUUCAGAAUGCUCAGCCACUGGGAUGGUCUCUAUCAGCCCCAUGUCGCCAGGUGUUGUAAGGAUACUUCUCACUGGUGAACAUCAGGGAAAUACAACAAAUCAAUGGAUUGGAAUAGAUUUUUCUGAAGACGGAGAACCUGCAGGCAACACUACCGGCAUCCAGUGUCGGUAUCAGAAAGGCCAAGUAGCCGCCAAAUUAACCUGGACCACGAAUAACGAAACCUCACAAAUGGACUGGACGGCGGCUAAUAAAUCGGCGUUGAUUGGCACGAACAACACAACUAACACAACCAGCACUCCUCAGUACCGCUGUUCCGUGGAUAUUCCUUCCCGGUUCGCCCUCAACGGCUCCAUGAUCCUGCCGAACCGCAUGGCUUACCGGGUGUUCUCUGCUGGUGUUUUUUCCGGAGAACGGGUUGUUACCAACGUCACGGAUCUGUAUCUGGUAUCGCGAGUGCGACCGGACUGGAGUGCGGACGAACGGAUGUUUUUAUCGUACUGCACGGAAGGAAGACGAAGGAUUCAGAUCAAGGCUGUGAUAUGGAUGAAUAUCUGGCCUUUGCCACCAGUCAGCUGAACGUCUAAACGGUGCCAUUCUCAGCGUAAAAUCAAAUUUUUUUGUAUACCUGUGCAGACCGCACAGUAAACGCAGUAUGUAGACAAAAAUUCUCAGCGAUUAUGGUCAAAUAAAAUUUUAAAUUUUGAUUGGCAGCACGGUAUUUCUUUUGCCAGUAUGAGAUUUAAUGCAUAAGAGGAGAUGUCAGUAGCACAUCUAAAU